AUGGAGGACUCGAUUAUAUAUGGCUACCAGACCAACACCCAGCUGACAUUUCUGCUGUUUCUCGACCACACCGCACGCGGUGUGCAGGACGCUGACGUGCAAACGAUCUUUCAAGCGAUUCACCGCAUCUAUGGACUCUAUACCUCCAACCCAUUUGCCGCCAUUCAGCCCGGCGAGCUCUUCCCAUCUGCACCGAUGGAUGCCGAGGCGCUCCAUCCGUCCCUGCCCCCGGACGCCGAGCCUUCAAGGGCACCUAUCACGUCCAAUCUAUUCCAUCAACGUGUUUCGGACCUGUGUGAAUGGACUGUUAACCAAGCAGCUGUAUAA